GCUUCAGCCGAGCGGGAGCCACCAAUGAGCGGGCAGGAAUCUCGAGGAGCGGAGGAGAUGACAAGGUGAAGGGAGGGAAAUGAGUGAUGAGGAUGAGGAGAGGGGGCGCGCUGCCCCGGGGUAGCUUUGAUUGUCUGUCAGGGUGUAUAUAAGGGAUUUUAGGAGGGUCGUGUGCCAGACACACAGCCACUAAACCGCAGGCAGCUUGUACCGGGAGCCUGGCUGUAGGACGCGUGCCAGGAGCACAGCAAACACCCACCACACACUUCUACAGCACAAAACGAUGGUGCAGGUGAAGAACGAGUACCGAGAAGAAGAGGAGGAGCUCUCCUCAUCCCCGCACUGCUCGCUGUCCCCAUCUCCGCGGAGCCCGCUAUCAGACGAGGAGCCGCUCCUCACCCCUCCAGACAAGCCCAAGCGGCACCGGGCCAGGGGCACCAACAAGAACGGAGAGGUGGUCAUGAAGAUCAAGAAGACCCGGAGGCUGAAAGCCAACAACCGGGAGAGGAACCGCAUGCACAACCUGAACUCUGCCCUGGACGAGCUCCGAGAGGUGCUGCCUGCCUUCCCCGAGGAUGCCAAGCUCACCAAGAUCGAAACCCUGCGCUUCGCCCACAACUACAUCUGGGCACUGUCAGAGACAAUCCGCCUGGCCGAUCAGCUGCAAGGAUGUAUCCAGGACUCUUCUUCAUCCCCCAUCACAUCCUCCUCCUCGUGGAGCUGCUCCUCAUCCCCAUCCUCCUCCUGCAGCUCCUUGUCCCCUGCCAGCCCUGCCACCUCUACCUCGGACAUCCUAGACUACUGGCAGCCCCCUAUCCAUCAACUGAGCCAGCAUCUCCUUGUACCAGCCAGCAUUCCUUAUCUCUGAACAUGGACUCAGCAGGGGGCUUGGCUUGGCUCAUCACAUCCACCUGACAUUCCUAGAGACACAUGCAGCACAUCUGGCUUGCUUUACAACCAAUGUCAUCGUUGAUGUAGAAGUAGUACUGGUGGCAUGUCAUUGGUAUGAUCAGGGAGGGGGUGAGUUGUGAGGCUGUGAUAGCCUGAUCCAUAUGACAGAUCUUAGAAUCAGUGAUAGAAAUCAAGGCUAGAGAAUAUUGUCAGAAGAGUAGGUGGAAAAAGAAAGCUAAAGGAGGAUUUAUUAAAACUGUGCCUAUCCAUUCCGCUUUUACCUUCAGGUUGUUCAAUUAAGCUUUGAAAAUGAAAGCUAAAAGCUGAUUGGUUGUCAUGCACAGCUGCUCCAGUUUUAGGCU